AGCGUGUCCCAUUCUUCGGAUUACAGCAACUGAAUUUGUGGGAGAGUCUCUGGAGAAAGUGAAGAGAGGAUCAAUGAAAUAUUUGACCAGGCAGUCUCUCUAUCCCCAUGUGUACUUCUUAUUGAAAAAUUAGACAUUGUUGCUCCAAGAGAAGGAAACACCAAGAGUUUGGAGAAAAGAAUUAGCACUCAGCUCUCCUUUUGCCUAGCAAAUUUAAAAAGUAAACACAAAGACAAGCAGGUGAUAGUAAUAGGAGAAACUAGUCGCCCAGAGAAUCUCGACUGGGAUCUUCGUAGCAGCUUUGAUGGAGAAAUAUUCAUGGCUAUUCCAACAGAGGCUGCCCGUGGACAUAUAUUAAAGCUACUUUGUGAAGGAACAUUACUUAUUGACGACAUAAAUGAGUUGGCCAGUAGAACCCCAGGGUUUGUGGCAGGAGACCUCAAGAAGCUGUUGGAGAAGGCCCAGAGUCUAGCUUGGAAAAGAAAAAGAGAUUCAUUGUAUGGAAAGGGAGGAGGAAGCCUAAUGGAGCAAGUGAAAAGUUUCAUGAGUCAAUUUCAACAGAUGUGUGAAACAGAGCAAAUCAACACAGUGACUACUGUAAACAUGGAAGACUUCUUGGAGGCACUGAUGCAUGUGACUCCUGCAUUAAAGAGAGAAGGCUUCCCCACAGUUCCAGAUACUACAUGGCAGGAUAUUGGAGGCCUUGAACAGGUCAAACGGGAGCUGAAAGAAAAAAUACUUGAGGCCAAUCGGUUUUCUAAAACUAAUGAAGAGUUUGGAGCAAGUCGUCCUAAUGGUUUUGAGUGGGGUCCUCCAGGAUGGGGAAAAAAAUUUGUUGGCCAAGGCUGUUGAAAUGGGGGGCCUGGCAUCAAUUUGCUUCCAGUAAUGGGUCCAGAACUUUUAAAUAUGGGGUACCAAGGAGAGAGUGAGAGAGCCGUACGAGAAGUGUUCCAGCGUGCACGCAAUGUAGCCCCUUGUGUUAUCUUCUUUGAUGAAUUUGAUUCACUUUGUCCAGUCAGAAGGAAAGGAUCUGAUAGUGGCAGUAAGACUACCAUAGUAAACACACUACUGACAGAGAUGAAUGGAUUCACAAAGCGCGAUGAUGUUUAUGUUAUAGCUGCUACCAAUCGUCCUGACAUUCUUGACCCAGCAGUAACUCGACCAGGAAGGUUUGAUACACUCCUCUACAUAGAUGUGCCAGACCAUCUAGGAAGAGUAUCGAUUUUUCAGGCUCGAACAAAGAAUGGGACGUGUCCUUGCUUGGCUUCUGAUGUCAACUUGGAGGAAGUGUCUCGUCUAUGUGACAACUUCUCUGGUGCUGAUUGUGACCAGCUGGUGUACCUAGCCAGUAAGGAAGCUAUCAGGGAGGUGAUAAACAGCUCAGCAUCCUAUACAACUCCUGCACCAGUGAACGAUGAACAACCUGUAUACCGCUUUGUUGCUAAGAGACAUUUUUCUGCUGCCCUUAGAAAAAUCAAGCCAUCUAUAACAUUGGAGGAACAGCGACGCUAUAAGAGGCUGCACAGCAAAAUUGAAGCAUCCAGAGUGUGUGGGGAACUUCCAGUAUUCCCCGAGACUGCAAGUUUAGUUGCUGAAAAUAUCGAAGAACAGACACAGCCUAUUGAUGAUGCAGAGAAUAUAGAACAAGAGUAAUAAAUUAUACACUAUUACAUGAUAUUUUAAGUAUGCAUAAA